AUGCCCGAGCCAAUUGCGGCCGGAGGGCCAGCUCAGGAAGAACAAGGUGGUGGCCAGUCGAUGAUGUAUAAAAUAAUCCAGGGUGUUGUAAUGUGGUACGGUAUUCAGCUGGUCAUGAAACAGUUCACGGGAACCAAGCCGCAGACGACCGAGGUUCAGGAUUCGACUGGGAAUAUUGUCAAGGUCCCCGCCAACAAUGCAGAGAUUCCAGCGUACCAGCUCCGUCCGAAGUCUCUCGACGAAGGUGCAACAUAUGAUCCGAUUCCCCAGCGCAUUGCGCCUAUCUGGCCUUCCAACAGCGCUAUCGACAUCGUCGUGACUCUGUCGCAGACCUUCGUGCCCAUCCCCAUCGCAAAAACCGAGGAGCAAUACCUUGUCCUUUCUGAGAAGAACUUCACCGUGGGUAACUACAGUGACAAGCGGGCCAUUGAGACCACCUUCGAUGUCCCUCGAGCUGUCCAGAAUAACGGCACUCUGUGGGGGCACUUUUACAUUGGCUUGACUGGCGCCAACCUCGAUCCCAAAGAGCCGGGCUUCGAUCCUGCCACAGCUGUACACUUCGCAUACCCCUUGACUCACUAUAUCCCUAAGAAAAAGGAAGCCAAGACCCGCAAUCUCUUAGAAGGCAAGGUCGACCCUGACGAAGAAGAGAUCGAAGAGGAGAAACCUACUGGACCCAUUAUCGCAAGCUAUUAUCACCCAAACACAAGCUUAGCCUUUAUUCCCGAGACCGGCGUCAUGAACUUCCCGACCACGCCCCCGGCUGUGCGUCAGUUUCUGAACCUCGAGCGAACCGGUGCUCGCGACGGAACUGGGCAGAAUGGCUGGUACUACCCUAUCCUAUACGUGAACACCUUCUGGCAGUUGAAGAGCCACAUGACUUUGCUCAAUGAUACUGUCAAGACGCUUCCGCUCAGACUCGACCUUGGCAACAUGAAAAGCUGGCAGUUCAAUACCAUGGCUUCCAUUGACCUCUCAUCCAAGGAGCAAGCUCGUCAGGCUGCAUUCGGUGGCCCCAUGGCGGGUGGUAGCGACGGGAGCGAAAUUGACCUUAUUAAGGAAAUUUUCAUGGAUACUAACCCCUAUCUCUUAGGCGUCACAGCUGUUGUGAGCGUCGCCCACAUUCUGCUAGAGAUGCUUGCAUUUGGAUCCGACAUUGCGCAUUACCGCAAGAAGAAGGACAACGUUGGUAUCUCUGUGCGGUCGAUUCUAGCCAAUGUCUUCAUGCAAGCUGUUAUCUUCCUCUAUUUGGUUGAUAACUCCCAGAACACCAGCUGGAUGAUCCUGGGUUCUCAGGGUAUCGGCAUUUUGAUCGAGUUCUGGAAGAUCACAACGGUAGUCAAUGUGCGAGUGCGACCAACCGCCCCUGGCUCGUGGAUCCCUUACUGGGUCACAUUCGAGGACAAGUACAAGCUGAGCGAAACCGAGGAGAAGACCAAAGAGUACGAUGAAAUUGCUUUCAAGUACAUGUACAUUGCAGGGGUCCCGCUUCUGAUCGCCUAUGCCAUCUACUCUUUGGUUUACGAUUCUCACAAGUCAUGGUACUCAUACAUCAUCACUACCCUUGUCGGGUCCGUCUACGCGUACGGUUUCCUGAUGAUGGUCCCGUCUCUUUACAUCAACUACCGCCUCAAGAGCAUCGCGCACAUGCCUGGUAAGGCGAUGCUGUACAAGUUCUUGAACACCUUCAUCGACGAUUUGUUUGCCUUCACCAUCAAGAUGCCAUUCUUGCAUCGCAUGGCUACUUUCCGAGAUGACAUCAUCUUCUUCAUCUACUUGUACCAACGCUGGGCGUACAAGGUUGACUACACGCGUGUCAAUGAAUUCGGCCAGGGCGGUGAUGAUGAGCCGGCGGAAGAGCUCAAGGUAGAGCCCAAAUCAUUGCCUAAACUGGAUGCCGAAACCGUGAAGAAGAUCGGUGGUGGCCCAAAGACUACUGGGGCUAAUACCGGAAAGGCGACCAAGAGGAAGUGA